GCUAAGUGUCUGGGCCAAUACGCGUUUUCGAAUGACAGAAGAUUGACGAUCCAAAGUUCACCAUUUUUAUAACUCAACCUUUUCCAUUUCAACGGCCUUGCCAACCCAAGAUCGCAAUGACCGAAAAUGUCCAACCCGGCGCCGGUGGAUCUGCCAACGGUGACCGGCAGGCUGCCCUCGCGGAAUACAAUAAACAGCGGCAGAAUCUCAAGGAGCUUCUAGGUAAGCGGAAACAGCAAGAGCGCCAGCUGGCACAAUUAGAGCAGAGUAUCGUCGAUCUCGAGGCCAAAUACUUAAGCAACACCCGCUUCGGCAACAUCGUCAAGGGCUUCGAUAAUUACAUCAAGGGGACUAGUUCUGCUGCCCAGCGCAAGCAAGGAGAGUUGAAGGACGAGGAUUAUAUCUGGUCGCGAUCUUCGAUUUCCUACAAUAGCCUUCACCCUGAUAAUACCGAAGCCCCGUCUGCAACCUCAACACCAGCCGCGCCGACCCCCGUCUCUACAACAUUUGCAAACAGGGAGAAGGACAGUGGAUCAAACCAGCCGACGCCCACGUCCGCGACCGAGAAGGGCUCCGGAAAAGCUAGUAAGACUGGCAAGAAGAGAACUCAGAAGAAGGACAAGGAUGCGGAUGCAGAGGACAGCGAGACCGACUCCCGCGAAGCUAAGAAAGUCCGGACACACUUUGGCGCCUCACGAAAAUGACUACCGCCUCGGCCGUUGCAGGUUUAACACGUUCAGCGUUGUGCAUUAUCUAGUGUGGUUCCGGCGUUCACGAGGGAUGGGCAUAGGGCUAGUUUGACGGCGUUGGUUUAUUAGGUAGCAUGUUUACUGGGAAUGUAGCAAAAACAUGUCCAUACGCUUUUUUUUUUCUUCUUUAUUAAGAGAUGGGAUUCACGGUUCGCGCCGUUAUAUUUGCUGUCGAGAUACCCGAUAGUAUCUAGGUUUACGAAUAGUAGGCCAAUGUUGAAUUUGAGUCGAGACAAUAGCAGGAUGUUGAUAAUGAUAUUACCUAGUGUCUCUGAGCAUAGUUGCGAAGGUACAGACUUGUAAAAGCAUACUUGGUUAACAGGCUCAAAGACGGGUUAUGAAUCACGCAAUAGCAAUACUAUGCAAUACUAACUAGUUAUGCAAUUAAAGAAUACUCGCUCCUACGUGCGGGGG